UCGAACUAACCAUUAGUCACCAGUAAGGCAUUCAUUCACCCAUUCGGCCAAUACUUGAGAAGAAGAUGGACGCACAGCAAAUCAUGAACUAUCAUUGAACUCUUUCAAUUUCCCAGAGAGCCACACGGAUACGUCUCUAGCUUGUAAACGCGAACUGAGAAUGAAGAAGCAUUCUCCCCAGGACGACUGCGUAGAGGAGGAAGUGAGAUCGGAAGACCUGCUUCUCUGAGAAGCAGACCUCAAGCUCCACUACUGUUUGCUGUCCACACGGUGGACGUUUAUUCAUCCUUCUCCAUGGAAGUAUUGCACAAAGUCAGGCUUUCUCUAGUCGCGAAGGAGAGUUCUUUCCUCUGGCCCUGUGUCGUAGGCAACAGCUAAAUUCUGAGGCCAGAAGGAAGCAGCAACAUUUCUCAACAGCCUGAACUGAGUUACACGGGUAGAAACGUAAGCUUUCCACAUUCUGCCCUCGGGACAACCUAGACUUGCUAUUUCAUCCUUCUCUCCAUUCAGGUCCUCUCACCACGCGAGCUGGGAGACGAGGAGAGCGCCCAGAAUUCCCACAACAAUGAUGGCGGGCGCACACUGCUUGCCCACAGUUGACCCCUGUCAGCCAUUCGGUCUCCACGGUAACGAAGCCGGCGCCUACUGGCCCGCUGAAGCACUGAGUCUCCGGAAACGGUGAGCACUUCCCUCCUCCUCCAUUUUUUUUGCGACAGUUGGGCGAAAGUCACGGCAGUUGAGGCUGGUGUCAGCUGAUUUACUGCGGCGGUGGUGGCGGCGGCGGCAGCAGCACUUUGCUACCUCGGUGGACAGAGGGCGGCAGGACAGGGUUUGCGGUCCCUAAGGUUUCCCCGCCCUGCUCUGUGCACCCCACACGUCCUCGUCGGAUACGCCCACUCCUCGUCUUGCUGCGCCGGGACGCCCGCGGCCGGUCUCAGAGACAACACCACGCAGAGAGAUGAAGCUGUGACAGGCUUGAAAACACAAUGGCGGGAAACAGCCUUGUUCUACCCAUCGUUCUGUGGGGCCGCAAAGCACCAACACAUUGCAUUUCAACAGUACUUUUAACAGAUGAUGGGGCCACAGUCGUAACAGGAUGCCACGAUGGACAGAUAUGUCUCUGGGAUCUCUCAGUAGAAUUGGAAAUUAAUCCUCGAGCACUGUUGUUUGGCCAUACAGCUUCAAUCACUUGCUUGUCUAAAGCUUGUGCUUCUGGUGACAAACAGUACAUUGUAAGUGCGUCGGAAAGUGGAGAGAUGUGCCUCUGGGAUGUGAGUGAUGGCAGAUGCAUUGAAUUUACAAAAUUAGCCUGUACACAUACUGGCAUACAGUUCUACCAGUUCUCUGUUGGAAAUCAGCGAGAAGGAAGGCUUUUAUGCCAUGGACAUUACCCUGAAAUCCUUGUUGUAGAUGCAACCAGCCUUGAGGUACUAUACUCCUUAGUAUCAAAGAUAUCACCAGACUGGAUUAGCUCCAUGAGUAUUAUUCGAUCCCACCGGACACAAGAGGACACGGUGGUAGCACUGUCAGCCACGGGCAUCUUGAAGGUGUGGAUCGUUACCUCGGAAAUAAGUGGCAUGCAGGAUACUGAGCCAAUAUUUGAGGAGGAAUCCAAACCAAUUUAUUGCCAGAACUGUCAAAGCAUCUCUUUUUGUGCAUUUACACAGAGAUCACUUUUGGUUGUGUGCUCCAAGUACUGGAGGGUGUUCGAUGCUGGAGACUAUUCCCUGUUGUGCUCUGGUCCUAGUGAAAACGGACAGACUUGGACUGGAGGUGACUUUGUUUCAGCAGAUAAAGUCAUCAUCUGGACUGAAAAUGGGCAAAAUUACAUUUACAAACUACCUGCCAGUUGCCUUCCAGCUAGUGAUUCCUUCCGCAGCGAUGUGGGCAAAGCAGUUGAAAGUUUAAUGCCCCCGGUACAGCACAGCCUCUUGGAGCGGAAAGAUAAAGAGUUGCUAGUGUGUCCUCCCGUGACUCGGUUCUUCUAUGGAUGCAAGGAAUAUUUCCAUAAGCUAUUAAUUCAGGGUGAUUCUUCUGGAAGAUUAAAUAUUUGGAACAUAUCAGACAUUGCUGAUAAACAGGAAGGUGAAGAAGGGCUGGAAAUUACAACUUCCAUUAGUCUGCAAGAGGCAUUUGAUAAGCUGAGUCCUUGUCCUGCCGGAAUUAUAGAUCAGCUGAGUGUGAUUCCCAGUAGUAAGGAACCUCUGAAAGUGACCGCGAGUGUGUACAUUCCAGCACAUGGACGACUCGUCUGUGGCCGUGAGGACGGAAGCAUAAUUAUUGUACCUGCCACACAGACAGCCAUAGUGCAGCUGUUGCAAGGGGAACACAUGCUCAGAAGAGGUUGGCCGCCCCACAGAACGCUGCGUGGUCAUCGGAACAAAGUCACAUGUUUGCUGUAUCCUCAUCAGGUCUCAGCUCGCUAUGAUCAAAGAUACCUGAUAUCUGGAGGCGUGGAUUUUUCAGUCAUAAUUUGGGACAUAUUUUCUGGAGAAAUGAAACAUAUCUUCUGUGUUCAUGGUGGUGAGAUUACUCAACUGCUAGUUCCACCUGAAAACUGUAGUGCAAGAGUACAGCACUGCGUCUGCUCUGUAGCCAGUGACCAUUCAGUAGGACUUCUAAGUUUGCGAGAGAAAAAAUGCAUCAUGUUGGCGUCUCGUCACCUUUUCCCUAUUCAGAUAAUCAAGUGGCGGCCGUCUGAUGAUUACCUGGUAGUGGGAUGUUCGGAUGGCUCUGUGUAUGUGUGGCAAAUGGAUACUGGUGCCCUGGAUCGCUGUGUGAUGGGGAUAACUGCAGUGGAGAUACUGAACGCUUGUGAUGAAGCAGUUCCCGCUGCAGUUGAUUCACUGAGUCACCCCGCAGUCAAUCUCAAACAAGCCAUGACAAGGCGUAGCCUUGCUGCCCUUAAAAAUAUGGCCCACCAUAAGCUACAAACCCUUGCAACCAACCUCUUGGCUUCGGAGGCAUCUGACAAGGGGAAUUUACCUAAAUAUUCUCAUAACUCCCUGAUGGUUCAAGCAAUAAAGACGAACCUAACAGACCCGGACAUACAUGUGCUUUUCUUUGAUGUGGAAGCGUUGAUUAUUCAACUCCUGACUGAAGAAGCCUCUAGGCCGAAUACUGCACUUAUUUCCCCAGAGAAUUUGCAAAAAGCAUCUGGCAGUGCAGACAAAGGGGGCUCUUUUCUAACUGGAAAGCGAGCAGCAGUUCUCUUCCAACAAGUGAAAGAAACUAUCAAAGAGAACAUAAAGGAACACCUCCUCGACGAUGAAGAGGAGGAUGAGGAGUUAAUGAGGCAGAGAAGAGAAGAAAGUGAUCCUGAAUAUCGGGCCAGCAAAUCUAAGCCAUUGACCCUAUUAGAAUAUAAUUUAACUAUGGACACUGCAAAAUUAUUCAUGUCCUGCCUUCACGCCUGGGGUUUGAAUGAAGUUCUGGAUGAAGUUUGUCUUGAUCGCCUUGGAAUGCUGAAACCACAUUGUACAGUAUCGUUUGGCCUUUUAUCGAGGGGAGGUCAUAUGUCACUGAUGCUUCCCGGUUAUAAUCAGGCUGCCUGUAAACUACCACAUGGGAAAACAGAAGUAGGAAGGAAGCUGCCUCCCGCUGAGGGAGUAGGAAAAGGAACGUACGGAGUGUCUCGAGCAGUUACCACCCAGCAUCUUCUGUCUAUUAUAUCACUGGCAAAUACCUUAAUGAGUAUGACCAAUGCCACUUUCAUUGGUGAUCAUAUGAAGAAGGGCCCUACCAGGCCACCUAGACCGAGCACCCCAGACCUUUCUAAGGCAAGGGGUUCCCCUCCAACUUCCAGUAAUAUUGUACAAGGACAGAUUAAACAAGUCGCUGCACCUGUUGUUUCCACUCGGUCUGACGCUGAUCACUCUGGCUCUGACUCUGCUUCUACUCCUGCUUUACAUACCUGUUUCUUAGUAAAUGAAGGAUGGAGUCAGUUAGCUGCCAUGCACUGUGUUAUGCUGCCGGACCUGCUGGGAUUAGAUAAAUUUAGGCCUCCGCUUCUAGAGAUGCUGGCUCGAAGAUGGCAGGAUCGAUGCUUGGAGGUAAGGGAAGCUGCACAAGCUCUGCUUCUGGCAGAGCUGAGAAGAAUUGAGCAAGUGGGGCGAAAGGAAGCCAUUGAUGCCUGGGCUCCGUAUUUACCUCAGUAUAUGGACCAUGUCAUAUCACCUGGAGUUACAGCAGAAGCCAUGCAAACUAUCACCUCUGCUCCUGAUGCCUCAGGGCCAGAAACCAAAGUCCAAGAGGAAGAGCAUGACCUUGUGGAUGAUGACAUUACCACUGGUUGCUUAUCUAGUGUUCCGCAAAUGAAAAAAAUCUCCACAUCUUAUGAGGAAAGGCGGAAGCAAGCUACUGCUAUUGUUUUACUAGGAGUGAUUGGAGCUGAAUUUGGUGCAGAAAUUGAACCUCCUAAACUGUUGACCAGACCGAGAAGCUCCAGUCAAAUUCCGGAAGGAUUUGGUUUGACUAGUGGAGGAUCCAACUACUCACUGGCCAGACAUACUUGCAAGGCAUUGACAUUCCUUCUGCUACAGCCGCCAAGUCCCAAGCUUCCUGCACACAGCACUAUCCGGAGAACGGCCAUUGACCUGAUCGGGCGAGGGUUCACGGUGUGGGAGCCUUACAUGGAUGUGUCCGCCGUGCUGAUGGGGCUUCUUGAACUUUGUGCUGAUGCUGAGAAGCAGCUUGCCAACAUCACAAUGGGGCUGCCUCUGAGCCCUGCAGCUGACUCCGCCCGAUCUGCAAGGCAUGCCCUCUCCCUCAUUGCCACUGCCAGACCACCCGCCUUCAUCACCACCAUAGCCAAGGAGGUACACAGACACACAGCUCUUGCAGCAAAUACCCAGUCGCAGCAGAAUAUGCACACUACAACUCUUGCCCGAGCUAAAGGGGAAAUUCUGAGAGUCAUUGAAAUUCUUAUUGAAAAGAUGCCUACAGAUGUUGUGGAUCUUCUUGUAGAGGUCAUGGACAUCAUUAUGUACUGCCUUGAAGGAUCUUUAGUUAAAAAGAAAGGUCUUCAAGAAUGUUUUCCAGCUAUCUGCAGGUUCUACAUGGUCAGCUAUUAUGAGCGGAGUCACAGAAUAGCAGUUGGAGCACGCCAUGGUUCAGUGGCCCUGUACGACAUCCGGACUGGAAAAUGUCAGACAAUCCAUGGACACAAGGGACCAAUCACUGCAGUGGCCUUUGCUCCUGAUGGACGAUAUCUUGCCACCUACUCAAACACUGACAGUCACAUUUCUUUCUGGCAGAUGAACACGUCCCUACUGGGAAGCAUUGGUAUGCUGAACUCGGCACCUCAGCUACGCUGCAUUAAAACCUACCAGGUGCCCCCCGUGCAGCCAGCUUCCCCCGGCUCCCACAACGCCCUCAAGCUGGCCCGGCUCAUCUGGACCUCCAACCGCAACGUCAUCCUCAUGGCGCACGACGGGAAGGAACACCGCUUCGUGGUCUGAUGUUGCUUUCUGUUGCCCUAACUGGAUCUUGGUUCUAUAAACUGUAGGCCAACGUUGCUCUGUCUUACACUGGAUCAUUCCUCGGUGCCUGCCCACCCCAGUGUCACCAGGGGCACGGCCGGGUUGGUGUCACUUGUGCAUGUUUCUUGGGGGCAGACUCGCGCACAGGCCGAUUCAGCGGCACGCACUCACUGCUCGACAGGAGGUGGCCAUUCUGUCACUAGGUAGUUUUUCCCUGCCAGGGAUGGGAGGGGAAAGCCGAUGGUUCCUGAGAACGCUCUUGUUGCUUGGUGCAACAGAGCCUGAAAAUCAAUAACCACUGUGAUUGCACUCCCACCCCGUCAGCAUUUCCAGCCCUCCAGCCCAGCUCUGAGGUGCUGCUCGAGUCUGGCUGUGCUGGCACUGGGUGUUACGGGGAUGUGGCAGUCUUCAUUAGCGAAAUUACUCCCCUUUGGAUUUCCUAAACAUGCUGUCGUUUACGAAAAAGAUUCUGUGUUUACAUGGUUUUUUUUCCCUUCUGGUGAUUGCUAGGAGAUUACUGUAUUCAAUUUCCUAGGAUUUAGCCACCACUUUCUUUAGUGACACCUAUGUGAUUUGAGAUAGUUGAGGAAAAAAUAUAUACAUAUGUGUGAAUGUUUUCCUUAUAGAAGAUAUAAUUUUCCAGACAUUUAGCCUUCUAAAAUGCUCAUUUCCUGCUUAAAUGGUAGUGUAUUUAAUAAUUUGAAAUAAAAAUCACUACCUGUGAUCUAGCUAGUAUAAUUAUCCAGUCACUAUAAUUAAUCUUUUAAGGGACUUUUGUGAUGAAGAACCAAGUUUGAAAGCAUAGCACAUCCCUGAAGUGAAGAUGCCUGUGUAUUGCUGCGGAGUCUUUUGUUCAGGAAAGCGCAUACUCCUUCCCUCUGGUCACCCACACCUUGCAGUUCCACACAACAGCUAUCACAUGAUAACUCUAAGUCAGCCUUCCAUCUCCUGGUGAGUUUAAAGGAAAAUUAGAAGGCAUUUUCUAAAACAAGAAUCCUACAGAAUUAUUAGCAGUGGCACUCACGUUCAAGAGCAUAUAUUGGAAUGUGAGGCUCUCGGUCACUUGAAGCAGACAUUGCAGUGGAAGUGUCUAGCACGCUUCAGAGUAAGUUUCAACUACAUCACCUUUUCCCUGGGUCAAGAUGGACUCCUCUUGCUUAUAGUAAUGGAAAAAAAAAUCCAUCAAAAAUAUUUUGUUUGAAUUUCACAGACUUUGAUCUAUAUAUAAUGGGGCUUUUUUGUUUGUUAGUUAGUUGGGGAAAUGGUCUAUUAAGUGCAAGAAAAGAACAUGAUUUAUUAAAUUCAGAGAAAAUAUGUAAAGUUCACAGAGGAACCAAAAUAACAUCAGAGGUUUUAAUUUAAAAGGCACAGAUUGUCAGAAUGUAUAUACUAUAUAAAAAGGUAGGCUCAAGGUCCAGGAACAAAUAUAUCUGUUAUUUUACUGAAACAAGUUAUUAAAGAACAUAUUAAGAAAUUAAGACCGCUAGAACAUCUUUCAUACUGAUAUAAGAUGUUAUUUCCACUAGUGGCUAAACUGUACUGUUCCUUGAUUGUACACGUUGGUGUUCUCUCAAAAGUAAAUUUAUGCUACAUGCAUGCACAUUGUCUUUAUAACGAUUACCUACAUAGAUGCCAAGGAAGAAACCCAGAAAUACACAGUGUAGACUUCGUGUGGUGAACAUGCUGUGUGCUCGGUGUAGAUAGAAACACGUGAGGUGCACUUUGUUUUCCCAGUGGGCUCUGGAGUCUGCUCCGUACUCAGCACAUGCUUUCUGCAUGGACUGAAAUCGAAAUUAACUUAUAGGCAACAGAACUAUUUGAAAUAGUGAGGUGAAUGUAUACCUUCGAAUGUUUCUUUUAAGCAAAAUGUUCUGUGCAUCACCGAGAAGGACUGGGAGUGUUAGGCAGGCCACUGCAGAUGCACAGAUGGACCCACCAUGGAGACAGACACUAAGCUGCAAGGGCCUAAAGAGCAAAAGCCAUGGGUGAGGGCCACCACUGCCUCCGAGGCCUGUGUGCAGCCACACUGAUGAGCCAGUGGACAUGAGGACUGUAAAACUCUGCAGGGGGUGGAGAUAGUGCAUGACGAGGUGCAUCUCUAAACUGCUGCACUAACAUCUACAUUCUUGUUGAUGCAACGCUGUUCUUGGCUAUUUUGACACCCACAGUCCUAAGCUUCACCCCAGCUUGGAUUGUUCAGCAAGGUAAACUUUGUGUUGUCAUCAGUGUACGCACUUAGUGUUUUAUUGAUUUCGUUGGCACUGCAUUUGGACCUGUCCUUGUAAAUGUAAAGAUGUAUGUGGCUUUGUUGGUAAUUUACAAGCAAAAGAUGACAUGACGUGACACUUAUAUGAAAAUGUCGUAGUGAUUGAACUCACUGGGCACAGUGAGUGAAUUCAAAUGUCUGCCUCCCAAGACAUUUCUGGAUGAUUCCACUUAAAUUCUAUGUGUAUUCAAUGUCCCUGUGUACAUACAUGUGUUAAAUAAAACUGAAUUGUACUGAA